GGGCGCCGGAGCCGGGAGCGGUGCAGUGUGGGAUAGUCGCUGGUCCUCCGGCUGGGCGCCGGAGCCGGGAGCGGUGCAGUGUGGGAUAGUCGCUGGUCCUCCGGCUGAGCGCCGGAGCCGGGAGCGGGAACGACGGCGCCGGGUCACCGCCCGACCCUGCAGAGACAACGUGUGGUGAUGGCUGAGAAUGGAUGAUGAUGACCCGACCAUCAAGCCUCGUCGGAUUGAGAACCAGAAUGUGGUUUACCGGCUGGAGCGGCGGCGCAUGCACUCGGGCAGGCCAGGUGCCCACUGGUACAUGGUGCGAUGCCUGCACCAGAACGUCUUCCCCAACUUCACCGUGGUCAACGUGGAAAAGCCCCCCUGCUUCCUGCGCAAGUUCUCCCCUGAUGGACGCUACUUCAUUGCCUUCUCCCUGGACCAGACCUCGCUGGAGAUCUACGAGUACCAGGGCUGCCAGGCUGCCGAGGACCUCCUGCAGGGGCACGAUGGGGAGAUCAUGCUGAAUGGCAGCGGCGACCUGCAGUCGGUCAAUGUCCGCGGCAAGCUCUUCGAGCGCUUCUUCGUGCUGCUGCACGUCACCAGCGUGGCGUCGAACGGGGAGCACCUGAACCGCGAGUGCAGUCUGUUCACCGACGACUGCCGGUACGUCAUCGUUGGGUCGGCCGCCUACCUCCCUGAAGAGCCCCAUCCUCUCUUCUUCGAGGUUUAUCGAAACAAUGAGUCGGUCACGCCGAACCCUCGCUCUCCUCUGGAAGAUUACUCCCUGCACAUCAUUGAUCUGCACACAGGGAGCCUCUGCGAUACACGAUCAUUCAAGUGUGACAAGAUCAUUCUCUCGCACAACCAAGGGCUUUACCUGUAUAAGAACAUCCUGGCCGUUCUCUCUGUGCAGCAUCAGACCAUCCACGUGUUUCAGGUCACACCCGAGGGGACCUUCAUUGAUGUUCGCACCAUCGGGCGGUUCUGCUAUGAAGAUGACCUCCUCACCAUCUCUGCGGUGUACCCUGAGGUGCAGGGCGACGCGCAGAAUGCCACCUCACGGCCCUUCAAGGAGAAGACGCUGAACUCGCUGAAGCACCGGCUGCUGGUGUACCUGUGGCAGAGAGCGGAGCACGACGGCAGCGCCGCAGCCAAGCGCCGCUUCUUCCAGUACUUCGAUCAGCUGCAACAGCUGCGCAUGUGGAAGAUGCAGCUUCUGGAUGAGAACCAUCUCCUGAUCAAGUACACAAGCGAGGACGUGGUGACACUCCGGGUCACGGACCCUUCUCAGCCGUCGUUCUUUGUUGUUUAUAACAUGGUUACCACUCGGGUCCUGGCUGUGUUUGAGAAUACUUGCGACGAGCUUUUACAACUGUUUGAGAAUUUCUGCGACCUCUAUCGAAACGCCACCCUGCACAGUGAAGCAGUCCAGUUUCCCUGCUCUGCAUCCAGCAAUAACUUUGCCAGGCAGAUCCAGCGAAGGUUUAAAGACACUAUUGUGAAUGCCAAAUACGGGGGUCACACUGAGGCAGUGAGGCGACUGCUUGGGCAGCUCCCCAUCAGUGCACAGUCGUACAGCAGCAGCCCAUACCUUGAUCUCUCCCUCUUUAGCUACGAUGACAAGUGGGUCUCAGUAAUGGAGCGGCCAAAGACUUGCGGGGAUCACCCCAUCAGAUUUUAUGCUCGGGACUCGGGCCUACUGAAGUUCAAAAUCCAAGCAGGGCUGCUGGGUCGGCCGGUUAAUCACACGGUGCGGCGCCUCGUGGCUUUCACCUUUCAUCCUUUCGAACCAUUUGCCAUUUCAGUACAGAGGACCAACGCGGAGUACGUGGUCAGUUUUCACAUGCGUCACACGUGUGUGUGAAGAUGGUGUUGGGCCCACAUCAUUGGGGUGUGUCAGGAGGAGAUCUAAACGCGAGUCUGGAACCACCAAAGGUACAACUUGGAAGAAGCGUAGUGGAAGGCAUCAACCUUAGAUUCAGUAUUCUAACUCGUCUUUCACACCCAAUCCGCUGAGCGGCCAGGAAAGUGGAUGACCAAGUCAGUGGAAAAGGUAAACCUCUUGACAGUGGCAUCUCUGGAGCGCUGGUCCCCGAUGUUGUGCAACUAUCAUUUAUUUUCAGUUCAUUGCUCAAAUGACGGCAGACCCGGCAAUCGAACAGUUCACUACCAGCUUGGGAUAGACACGAAAUGCUGGAUUACUCCAGCAUUUUGUGUCGCUCUUCGGUUUAAACCAGCAUCUACAGUUCCUCCCUACACACUACCAGCUUGGGAAUCGAUGGAGUCGGUGCAAUAAAACAUGGUUCAUUGUUUUACCAUUUGGCGGAAGUGAAGUCCCAUUUUAAACUGGGAACCAAGGAUGGAUGAGUCUUAUUGUGGACAGGGAAGGGAGUGGUGGUGAGAAUCUGGAAUUGCUAAUAUUAUUAAUAAUAAAAUCAGAAAUUGAUGGAAGUAUGUAGCAGUUCAAAAGCCUGGGGAUACAGAAAAUGGUAUUAAAGUCUUCCUCUGGAAGCUUGGAGUAAUUAGGUGGAUUCUCUCCAAAAUAUUGACCUGUUUUGUUUUCUGUAGCUGUAGGUUUAUUUGUGUUCCUGUGAAAUGACCUUUUUUAAAUUGAAACUGGAUAUAAUGUACCAGCUCUGUCCAAUUGAAGGUCCUGUUGCCUAGAGAUGUAUUGUUGGUUGCGAUUGCUAAAUAGCAUCUCUGACCGUAUCUCAGUCUUGUACUCUGCUCCGACUGAGGUUGGUCUUAUGACUGGCAAGGAAUUUCUGGGCAUCAGUUUUCUUUUAAUUUCACCAGUGUUGUGAAUUUAUUGUACCACAUUUAAUUUCACGUGGAAGUGUUCUGCUACCAUGGAACCAGGUUUGCAUUCCCCUCCUGUAUGCAAGAAUUAUUGUACGAUGAAUUUCUAAUUUUACAAAUGACUUUCAACUCGUUUUCAUCUGAAUGCUACAUUUUAUAAACACCUUUAUACUUAAGGACAUCACAUUGGUCAAUAAAAUUUUUGCAGAAUGGU